UCGAGACCCAUCGCGAGCAGCUGCCGGGCCGGAGCUGGGCAAUUAGACUUUCCCCAAGCGCCGCUGCAUCUGCUCCACGCCCGGCACAGCCCAUUUGCCCAGCCUGCUACUCCACCACCUCACCCGUCUUGAUCUCUCGGCAUUGUAUCCAUGACACGACGCUCGCUACAGUAAUUCGCCCCCCCGUUCCUUCGUUAAAUACUGCCGAGCCAUCUUGAAACGAGCGCUUCCUAUGUGACUUUGGCCUGCAUGCAACCUGUUUCCCUUCGACUCUCGACUCUUCCCUUUCAUCUCCGCUGCUAGUGAAGCAUGCGGCUCUCUUGUCCUCCUCUACUCUUGCUCGUAAUCACUUUUCUUUGCUCUCCCAUUGCAGACGCAAGCUCGAAGAAGCGCAAUCCAAUUGGCGCCAUCUCUAUCAUCCGCAAUGCUACCAUUCACACCCCCAGCCACAAGAUCACGGCAACGUCGGACUUCGAUCUCACAUUCAUCGCGGAUGGCGGUCUACACGUCAAAUUCAGCCUCGAACCGAACCGCGAUGUGCUGCGAAGUAACAGUCUUAUCACACACCUGGCGCCGGACGGAUCGAUAGAACGACAAGUCCCGCUGGAACGCUCAGGCCACAAAGUCUUCAAGGGUUCGGCUUGGGUGCGGAGCGGAGAGGAUGGCGACGGCUCUUGGGAAUGGGCAGGUUGGGUGCGGACUUUGAUCAGCCGAGACGGAGCAUACCCUUUCUUUGAAGGCGCCUUUUCCGUUCACCUCGACCACCAUCACAUCCAGAGCUCGACACACUAUCUCCAAACAAGACAUCGACUAGACCCGGAGAUUGAAGGAUUGGAGAGUGGAGACGAGUACAUGGUGCUCUGGCGCGACUCCGAUGUCCUCCCGGACAGUGCACUCGGACAUGAAGAGUUACGGCGAAGUCUGAAUGUCGAUGCCGGUGACUCUGUUGCGUGUUCGGCCGACAAACUAACCUUCAACACCAACCCGGACCAUCCGGUGCUCAAAGGGCUGUCCGGGCGAUCGGAAGACUCGCUCGCCGGAGUGGAGGUCUCUCAUCUCCUCCGGGGCCGCCAAACUGACAGUACGACUGGUGGCAAUAGUGGCGGCGUGAAUCUGAGAAGCACCAUCGGGAAUCCCGCUGGUUGUCCCACUGUUCGCAAAGUGGCUCUCGUCGGUGUCGCCACCGACUGUACCUACACCAGGGCCCUAGGAUCCUCCGAAGCCGUCACCCAGAACGUCAUCUCGCAGAUCAACACUGCGUCGGGGAUCUGGGAGGACGCUUUCAACAUUGUCCUCGGGCUUCAGAACCUUACGAUCUCUUCCGAAAACUGCCCCAGUUCGCCGGCAAGGGCCACGGAGUGGAACCAGGGCUGUUCGAGUGACGUGACUAUCGAAGAUCGUCUCAACUGGUUCUCGGCCUGGCGCGGCGAACAAGGUGGCGACAACAGUCAUUGGACUCUGCUGAGCACGUGCAACACCGAUUCCAUCAUCGGUCUUGCAUGGCUUGGACAGGCUUGCAUGAACACCGCCAUUUCGUCCAACGGGAGCUCAUUCACCGGCAACGGCGCUACUUCGGGUAGCAGCGAGGUGGUCAGCGGCGCCAACGUGGUCAUACGGACGGACGGCACCAACGAGUGGGCCGUAAUUGCCCAUGAGACCGGCCACACGUACGGUGCCGUGCACGACUGUGACUCUACGACGUGCCAGGAGUCAUCCUACGUCAGCUCGCAGCAAUGCUGUCCGUACACCGCCAACACUUGCAGCGCCGAUAGUCGCUUCAUCAUGAACCCGUACUCCCAACCGGGGGCCAACGCCUUCAGCCCCUGUACCAUUGGCAACAUCUGCAGCGCCAUCGGCAGAAACUCGGUCAACACCAGCUGCCUUUCAGACAACGACGAUGUGCGUCUCUUUGCGGGAGCAGACUGUGGCAAUGGGAUUGUGGAAGCCGGCGAGGAAUGCGACUGUGGUGGCGUUGCAGGCUGUGCAGGCGACCCAUGUUGCGAUCCGACGACGUGCCGAUUCACCUCGGGCUCGGUGUGCGACGACUCCACGGAAGAGUGCUGCUCCAAUUGCCAGUUCAGAAGCAGCGGCACUGUAUGCCGAGGAAGCACGAGUUCUUGCGACCCACAAGAGGUCUGCUCGGGCACUUCGGGCUCGUGCCCUGCUAACGAACUCGCCCCCAAUGGUCAGGACUGUGGAGAUGGCCUGAAGUGCGCCUCCGGGCAAUGCACGAGCCGGAAUCAGCAGUGUCGGACCGUCAUGGGCAGCUAUACUGGCAACAAUGACACGCGUGCUUGCGAUAGCUCCGGCUGCAUGAUCAGCUGUGCUAGUCCGCAGUUUGGCCCGGGAGCUUGCUACGGCCUGCAGCAGAACUAUCUCGACGGAACACCAUGUGGUGGAGGCGGGUAUUGCCAGAAUGGUCAAUGCGAAGGCACCAGUGUCAAUGGUGAGGUGAAGUCGUGGAUCGACGACAACAAGGGUAUCGUGAUCGGUGUUGCCUGCGCCGUCGGGAUCAUCCUCCUCAUCGUUAUUUUCGGCUGUUGCAGCCGCUAUCGAAAGAAGAAGACGCGACGGACCAAGAACAUCCCGGGCCAUCCGGCACCUCCUCCAGAAGGUUGGCAAGGUUGGAACAAUCGUGGGCCGAUGGCGCAGGUGCAAGGCCCUCAGCAGGGCUGGUACGGACCGACGCCCAUGAGUGGCCCAAGGCCUGCGUGGAAUGCGCCACCUCGACCGCCGCCGCCGUCGUAUCUACAGAGCAGCAACAGUGUGCGGUAUGCUUAGCAGGGCUUGGGCGUGCAGGACCGAUGGCGCUCCUGAGAUGCUCACGAUGUCGAUGAUGUUUACGCUUGAUUGAUGAGACGGUGAUGAUAUCUUGGACUACUCCAUGACGCAUGUCUGAGAUGAUAGAUCGAAAAGCAAAGAUACAUCUACCCACCUCUGGGUGAAUUGCAGUCUGUGUCCCGUGUGUGUUCAACCGUCGCUUCAGCAAGAAUCGAACUCAGACACUCCGUCGGGGAGCAAAAGGGAAGGGACCCGAAGGUCGAUUAUAGAAGCCAAAGCCUGUGUGUAAUCAGCUACUUCCCUAGGUACGUCUGCUUCCAAACUCAAUAUAUCUGCAUG